AAUUUUUGUGAGAAUAGCCUUAGAUGUAACAACAUGACUCACGAAAAAUGCAGGAUGGAGCAACUCACCUAAAAAAUAAUACAAAAAUCAUUUACUAAAACUGUUUUUUUUAAAACGUCAAAAUUUUCACCAUUGUCCGGAGUCCAAUCGUUAUGAAGUUACAACGCUUUUUGAUGGUUUGAUGCACGAGGUGGUCACUCCAAAUAUAUUGCAUUUAUUUCAUAAGUUGAUCCGUAUGUGCAUCCAUAUUCACGUGUAUACACGAUUCCUCUAUGAAUUUUAUUUCAGUGUUUUUACAGCUGUCAUCGCAAACGCGCGCACUGCUGAUUGUUUACAAACAAAAAGAAAUCCCUUAAAUUUUGCUGUUCUCCGGCCACAUUUUUUGGAUUGCAAGGCACGCUAUGUUGAAUUCCGAGGAGUAAUCGGGACGGGAUACCAAGAUCAGUAGAAACUGAUCGAGCUGCUGGACGUGGACCCGCAGGAGACGGAAGACGACCGUGAGGUGGUGGUGUUGGACUACCAGAGGAAGGGCAAGCGCCCCGUCAUCAAGACUACGACACGACAGACGUACUUUUUGCUCGUGAUUGGCCUGGUUGUUCCGGAGAAGCUCAAGCCGGGCGAUGAGAGUGAACAAGGACUCGUACGUCGUACUUCAUCCUGGACACUUCCGGCCGAGUAUGACGCGCGCGUCAAGGCGAUGGAGGUGGACGAACGGCCCACCGAGCACUACUCGGACAUUGGCGGGUUGGACAAGCAAAUCCAGGAACUAAUUGAGGCCGUCGUGUUGCCGAUGACGCACAAGGACAUGUUCAUGAACCUGGGAAUUCAUCCGCCGAAGGGAGUGCUGUACGCUGUCGGCUGGUACCAGGGGGAUGCUAACGGCAGCCAUCUUGGGUGAUUGAGAUUGAUAACGCGCGCAAACUGCGCACAGUGAAAACAAAAAUAUUUCUUUUUUUUAAUAAUUCAAUUUUUGUUAUAAGAAUUACUUUAGUAAAAGUCAAAUUACACAGUAGUUAAGUUAAACGUUUCAUGUGAUAAAAGUACAACUUUAAAUGAGGUCAUCGGCCCGAUGUGUGCUUAAUAAUCCCAACUUUAGUAGUUUAUUUUGCAAAAAAAAAUGAUAAAAAUCACCUCACAUACAUACACUAACUCUUAAACGUACAUUGCGGUAACAUUUUACAUAGAAACAAUAAUUACUUUAUUUCCAUUUUAUGCCUGCAGUUUUUGCACUUUUUUUUACAGUGCGCAGUUGCUUUGUUUUGGUUCCGUAACGAACAGCUGUUCUUUUGUGCUGGAGCCGAAGUUGACAUUUCCCUUUUGUUCUGGUGCCGAAGUUGACAACUUGUGUUGGCUGCGGGCGAGCUGCCUGUAGUGAGAUAUAGAUGUCGCCCCCCUGGCUGGUACCUGUGUGGCGCAAACAAAGUCGACCUUCCUAAAGCUGGCCGACCCGCAGCUGGUGCAGAUGUUCAUCGGAGACAGUGCCAAGCUCGUCCGGAACGCGUUUGCACUAGCCAAGGAAAAGUCGCCGGCGAUUACUUCCUGCACGCGAUUACGCUGCAGACGCAUCUAACUGUUUCAUAUCCAGAGCAACAUUUG